GGGAGCCGGGUUUGGUCUCUGCUUGUGGAUAAAAGGCACUCCUGGGGUUACGAACCUAAAAGCAGCAAAGCCUUUCAUUGAUGAGCCGCAGAAAGGAUCCAGUCCAGGAGGACCCCGGAGCAGCUUCAACUUUAUAGCUGAUGUGGCCGAGAAAACUGCCCCUGCCGUGGUUAAUAUCGAGGCACCCGCUCUCACGGCGCGAGGUCCCCAUUUCCAGCGGAUCCGGGUUCAUCGUUUCCUCCGACGGUCUCAUCGUGACCAACGCGCACGUGGUGGCCAAUAGGACGAGAGUGAGAGUCAAGCUGUCCAAUGGGGAGACUUAUGAGGCUCACGUGCAGGACGUGGACCCGGUCAUCGACGUCGCCACCGUCAAGAUCAGUCCCCAGGCUCCUCUCCCCACGCUGCGCCUCGGCCGCUCCUCUGAGCUCCGGCAAGGGGAGUUCGUGGUCGCAAUGGGCAGCCCCUUCUCGCUGCAGAACACCAUCACGUCGGGCAUCGUCAGCUCGGUGCAGAGAGGCAGCCGGGAGCUCGGCCUGUCCAACCGGGACAUGGACUACAUCCAGACGGACGCCGCCAUCGAUUUUGGGAACUCCGGGGGCCCCCUGGUGAAUCUGGACGGCGAGGUGAUUGGAAUAAACACAAUGAAGGUCACGGCUGGAAUCUCCUUCGCAAUCCCGUCUGAUCGCCUGCGAGACUUCCUCCAGCGGGAAAAGAGACAGCGCCCUGGUUCCUGGUUUGGGUCGUCGGAUAAGAAGCGUCAGUAUAUCGGGGUGAUGAUGCUGACGCUGUCCCCGAGCAUCCUGGCCGACCUGAGGUUUCGAGAUCCUGGUUUUCCUGACGUGUCUCACGGAGUCCUGAUCCUCAAAGUAAUUAUCGGAUCCCCGGCUCAUCAGGCGGGCCUGAAAUCUGGAGAUGUGAUCCUUGAGGUUAAUGCCCAAAGAGCUGUGUCUUCUGAGGUCAUAUACGACGCUGUCAGCUCUCAUUCUAAACUCUCCAUGAUCGUGAGACGCAGGCACGAGACGCUGAUGGUCAACGUGAUCCCAGAGACGGCGGAGUGAAGGAUGCGGGGCCAUCGUUCUCUCCCUGAGCCUGUAACUGGAUGGGGCAGCUCCUGGUCACAGACUGUUCACCUGACAGGAUUGUCUGGAGGAAAGACUUCUCUUCCUUGAUUAGAUGGGGACCCAGUGUUUGCAGGGGCCACUACAGGUCCAUGGGCCGGGCAGAUGGGUUUAGGUUCUGUUACUCUGUCGGUGCAGCACUGGUGGAGGGUGUUGGGGUCUGCAGUCUGUACCCCACCAGGCAGCAUCUCCAAGGUUAGCGAGGAUCCCCCAUCUGCCCUGAGACGUGGGCUCGGCCGGUGCGGAAAGCACUAGAACAGUCCGCGGGAAAACCUGUAGGAGCCGACUCGGUUCUCACACAGUGGCUCCAGAGCAUGCGCGGCUCUGUGUUUGUGAUAUUAAAGCUGUUUGUAGAGUAA